AUGCCUAAACCCCAACUCGUCCUCAUCCCAGGCGCCUGGCACACACUCUCCUGCUUCGAACCCCUGAUGUCCAAACUACGCACCUUCGGUUACACCCUGCAUUCCAGCCAACUAGCCUCCGUCGGCAACCCGACCCCACCCGUCGACCUCACAGCCGACAUUGCAAUCGUCCGCUCCCUAGUCCUCAGCGCCAUCGACUCAGGAGAAGGUGGAAACGACGUCGUGGUCCUACCGCAUAGUUGGGGCGGCGUAGUAACAGGCAGCGCCCUAGUUGGCCUCAGUAAGACAGAAAGGGAAGCCAAAGGCUUGAAAGGCGGGGUAGUGCGAACGGGGUAUAUGGCAGCGUAUAUCGUGGACGAGGGGACUUGUUUACAGGAUGCUAUCAACCACUUUGUUCCCGAGUGGGUGCAUGUACAGGAGCCGUAUGUUUACGCUAGAGAUGCCAGGGUUUUCUACUCGGAUCUCGUGGAAAAGGAACAGCAGUACUGGUUUGCGCAGAUUCAGUCACAGGCCCUGGCCUCGUUUUACGCGCCUGCCACCGGUGCGAGUUGGAAGGGGAUUCCGACGAGCUAUCUGCUUUGUGAGGAGGAUCAGUGUGUUCCGCCGAUUGUUCAGGAGGCCAUGGUCAAUGGGGUCAAGGAAGCGGGUGGAGAGAUUGAGGUUACGAGGGUGAAGAGUGGACAUAGUCCGUUUUUGAGUAGGGUUGACGAGACGGUGCAGUGGAUUAGAGGGGUCGCAGGGGAGGUUGUUUAG